AUGUCGGAAUUCAUUAAUCCCACCCCCGAGAAACUGGAUUACUUCAAAUCAAACCUCAACUACAUCGUUGAAGAUCAAAACUCAGCUCAAAACGCGAAGAUUGAAAAUUGCAUUGGCUCCGUUAAAGUCCCCGUUGGCAUUGCUGGUCCUUUAAAGAUCAAAGGCUCUGAUGGAACUGACGACAUGUUCUAUGCCCCAUUGGCAACUUGCGAAGCUACUUUAGUAGCAAGCUGCGCACGAGGAUGCAAGCUUUUCAAUGCCGGUGGCGGUGUUGAGUUCAAAGUUCUUCGGUCAAAUAUGACGAGAGCACCCGUUUUCUGGUUCGCGAAUUCAGAGCAUGCAGCAGCCUUCUACGAUCUGGUUCCCGGGCUACUUUCCGAAUUUCAAAGCAUCGCACACACUACUAGCAGGUAUGCUCGUCUUGUUAGAAUUGAACCUCAGAUCUUUGGCAACACUGUUCACAUACUUUUUGAAUAUUCCUGUGGAGAUGCUGCUGGUCAGAACAUGGUUACAUUUGCUACACAGGAAGUGUGCGAUCGCUUUGCGCGGUCCGAGACAGCUCUGUCCAUGAAGCUUGAAAGGGUCACUGUUGAGGGCCAGCGAACUUCUGAAAAGAGUUUGUCAUGGGCAAAUAUUUUGAAUUCGCGUGGUGUCGCUGUCACUGCGUGGGGAAUCGUCACCCCUGACGCUUGCCAAGAUAUACUGGGUACCUCCACCUGGGACUUAUAUCAAGGCAUUCAAAACAGCAAAGAUGCAGCCAUAAGAAACGGCCAACUCGGUUACAAUCUAAAUCAAGCCAAUGUCGUGGCAGCUAUGUUCAUUGCAUGCGGGCAAGAUGCUGCAAGUGUGUCAGAGUCCUCGUGGAGUCACUUGAUUGCGGAGUUUGAUCGGGAGACUGAUAAUCUUCGACUCUCUACAUAUCUUCCCAGUCUUCCUGUGGGAACUGUUGGCGGUGGAUCAGGCCUUGAUACUCAGAGAGAAGCACUAGGAAUCUUGAAAUGCACUGGCGCAGGGUCCAAAGGUCGAUUGGCAGGUCUUAUUGCAUCAUUCGCCCUUGCUCUCGACGUGAGCACAGGUGCAGCAGUUACGAAUAACACUUUCGCGGCCAGUCAUCGGAAAUUUGGCAGGUCAGGGGAUAGCACCAAAGCGAAGCUUUGA